CGCAAGCGUGCUGAGUCUCUAGGGCGGGCUUACGGGGUAAGAGAAGGUUGACCCGCGAACAACUGAAGCUGAUGUCACAUUACAAAUGGGACGGUGUGUUUGCUGGCCUCCGUGGAGACGCUGAUGAUUAAAUUUGGGUGUCGGAAAUUGCUUCCGGACCCGUUGGAAGACAGCCAUUAAGCUCUUGUGAGGGUCAUAUUUUAAAAACAGGAUUUUAACGUUACCUGCUCGGCGUGGGUCUUCGCAUCAAACCUUGUCCCCACCUCCACGUCUGUUGGGAUUCUCUGCGGCAGCCAGGGUUGGAGGAGUGUAUUGUUAGUAUGGUUUCCUUGGCUUCUUUGCUCUUGGCCUAAUUCCUUUCAGAUUUAUUGUUUUGGUACAUUAACAAACUCAGAGGCAUUAAUAGUAAAUAAGACACUAUAGUCGUAUUUAGUCCUGGAUUAAAUGUCAAGAUUGAAAUGUACAGAUUUGUGACUAUUUUGUCUAUUAGACUAUUUUAUUUUUAAAGUUAAUGGCUGCGUCAUAGUCAUUUUUGGAAUUCGGGUAUUAUCAAAUUCACUUCCAUCCCUGUUUCUUUUCCUGCUACCCAAAAGAGUUGAAACUGCGUCCUCAAGUCUGUGACCCCAGAAGAAAGGCCCUCUGUUCAGGACCGCAGGACUUGUUUUGUGACUAGCCAUAUGAAAAACUUUGAGUUUAGCACGGGAAGAAGGAAAAAGGUUAAAAUGCCAGCGAGGAAACUGCGAGAGGUCCUUUCUCCAAACCUAGAGGAUAAAGUGCCUGUGGUGGAAGAUGAGCUGCCCCGUGUGCCUCCAGCGUUGUCUGCAAAUAAACGUCUUGUUGGACUGAGGACUAGCUCACAUGCAACGGCAUAUGGUUCAUUGGACUUAACUUCUGCUAGAAACUAUCACCAGCCUUUGUCAGAAAAUCCCCCUGUGUCCAAUCAAAGUGAGUUUUCUAACGAUGCUGUAGUCCUGCGGCUACCUUCGAAUAAAACAGAAGAGAACAACUCACAAAAAGCAAACGACAUCUUUAUUUCUCAGUAUGCCACGGGACAGAAAGAUGCUCUGAGAACUGUUUUAAAGAAAAAAGCUCAAAACAUGCCUGUUUUUAAGGAGGUGAAAGUACAUCUUUUAGAAGGCACAAAUAUGGAAAAGAAUGCUGUUGCUCAGGAGACUGAAACUUCACCCAAUAGAAUUGAUUCAGCUACAACUGUGGCUGCAGCAACUGCCGCCGCCAUUGCCACUGCGGCUCCUUUGAUAAAGGUACAGAGUGAUUUGGAAGCAAAAGUUAAUUCUGUUGCAGCAUUACUGACUAAGUUACAGGAGACUGAUAAACAGUUGCAGCGUGUGACAGAGCACCAAACGAGCAUUCAGAGUAAGCAAGAGAAAUCCCAUUGUCAUGAUCACGAGAAGCAAAUGAAUGUGUUCAUGGAGCAGCACAUCAGGCACCUUGAAAAAUUACAGCAACAACAAAUGGAUAUUCAAACCCAUUUUAUUGGUGCUGCACUGAAGGCUAAUAGUCUUAAACAUGUUGACAUGUCCCCUUCUAGAGCAGUGGAAAAAUUCUCUGGAAAACCAGGACAUCCUAAUCUUGGUACCAGUGUUCCUUCACACAACACAUUUGUUUCUAAACAAGUGCCUUUAAAUGAGGUUGAAGAUACAGAUUUUGAUGGACCCAAAUCGCCUUUAGAGACACCAGCGCCUCGUAGGUUUGCUCCUGUUCCUCUUUCAAGGGAUGGGAAACUAUCGAAGAGGGAAAACCCUAUAGAAGAAAAAGAAAACAUGGAAAUGUCCAGUCCUAAAGGAAAUGUAAGAUUGUUGGAGCAGAUAUUGAAUAGUCAUGAUCCUUUGACAAGAAAAAGUGGCUCACCAGACAUAACUUCACUCACUAGGCCAAAAGUGGGAUGGAAGUCUGAGAAAAGAGACAGCAUUGAAAUUCCACAUUCACAAAGAUUUCCUUCCUCUGAAGAGAUAGGAACAGCUAAAGUACCUAUGCAGAAGUAUAGUGAUGGUGUUCACGAUAUUGGCCAGAAGAAGAAACAAACAAAUGACACACUCCAGCAGUCACCAGUUACCUUGAAGAUUUCAGAUCGUCUACAGAAUCCUGUUAAGCUCCAGACAGGCAAUGCAAGGUCUGUCUUGAAAGAUGCUGAGAAGAUUUUGAGAGGAGUACAAAACAAUAAAAAAGUAUUGGAAGAAAACCUGGAGGCGAUUGUUCGUGCCAAGGACGGAGCUGCUAUGUAUUCAUUUAUCAAUGCUUUAUCUACCAAUAGAGAGAUCUCAGAGAAGGUCAGGAUCAGAAAGAAAGUAGAUGAAUGGAUUAAAAUAAUUUCAGAAGAAAUCCAGGAUGAACUUACUAGAAAAGAUUAUGAACAAAAGAGAUUUGAUCCAAAGAAUCAAAGGAACAAGAAAGCUCUGGCUGUGAGUAGAGAUGUCAAAGCCAACACACAAGACAAAUCUGUGAACAGAUUUGUGGUUCCAAGAAGACACUGCCAAAAGCAAGUACAGGAGCAGUUUAGAAGUCCACCCGUAAGGAGCAUGCCUGCCUCGGGGCCACAGAGAGAGAGAAGAGAGGGACUCAUGAAGUCAACCACAGUUUUACAAGAUGAAGAUUAUAUGUUACAUAUAUAUGGGAAGCCAGUUUAUCGGAGUCAUCGCAGCACUCUUAAAAAAGGACCAUAUCUCAGAUUCAGUUCCCCAUCUCCUAAGGCAAGACCACAGAGGCCAAAAGUAAUAGAGCGGGUGAAAGGCACUAAAGUCAAGUCAGCAAGAACACAGACUGACUUUUAUGCAGCAAAACCUAUCAAAAUGGAUUCUAAAAUACAACAUUCCAUUACCACACUGCCUCAUGGUGAUCAGCAAUAUUUGUUCAGCCCAAGUAGAGAAAUGCCUACUGUUUCAGGUACCCUGGAAGGUCAUCUGAUUCCUAUGGCAAUUCUUUUAGGACAAACUCAGAGUAAUAGUGAUUCCAUACCACCUGCUGGAGUAAUGGUAAACAAGCCCCAUCCUAUAAUCGUGACGACUUCUAUUCCUCCAUCAUCUCGAAAAGGAGAAGCUGGAGUCAGAAAACCUAACAUAGCAGUUGUGGAGAUGAAGUCAGAGAAGAAGGACCCGCCCCAGCUCUCUGUGCAGAUUUUACCUAGUGUGGAUAUUGAUAGCAUUUCAUACAGCAGUUCUGACAGAAUUUCCCUUCCGCCAAGUCCCAAAGAAGCCCCUCUUCCUCCACUGCACACCCGGAUCCAGACUCCAGAAUUUAUGAAGAUGGAAGAAGAGGAGGUGCAGCUUCCAGGAACUAACUUUGAAAAAGUAAUCGAUGUUAUUCAGGAAGAGGAAAAAUAUGAUGAAAUUCCUGAAUGCUCUGCACCAAUUUUGGAGUUUAACAGAAGUGUUCAAGUUGUCCCUACAAAGUAUAAUGGCCCUUCAUUUCCUCCAGUGGUUGCCGCUCUUCCUCCCACUACUGAUAUUUUGGAUAAAGUAAUUGAGAGAAAAGAAACAUUGGAAAAUAGUUUAAUUCAGUGGGUAGAACAAGAAAUAAUGUCAAGAAUUAUCUCUGGGCUCUAUCCUCUCCAGCAACGGGCCAGACUUGAUGCCAGUGUUUCAAUUAGUGAGGCAAGCGACCCAUCCACCUCUGACAUUGUCGUAGGGACAAGCAGUGGAGUACUCCAGCUUAUGGCUGAUGCUGGUGUUCCUGUGAGCUCGGAUGUGAUCAGUCAUUUUGUGAAUGAAGCUCUGGCUGAGACCAUUGCUGUCAUGUUAGGUGACAGAGAGGCAAAGAAGCAAGAGCCUGCUGCCAUACGUGUUUCUGGUGAUCUUCCAACAAAUGAAGUGAGCUCACCGGCAAGAGUUUGUGCUCCAGUAGCUACCCCGCAGCCCACUCCUCCUUGCUCACCAUCACCUCCUGAGGAACAUGUGCUAGUAAAAACUCCGGAUUCCUCUCCCUGUGAUUCAGAUCAGGAUGUGGCUUCUCCUAUUAAAGAAAUGCGUGCUGAAAAAGGAAGUGAUAUGCCUGCGGUCACACUUGUUAGUACCCCAACAGUUACCCCUGUUUCCACACCUCCUCCAGCAGCAGCUCUUACCCCAUCUUUGUCAGACAUUUCCAUUGACAAGUUGAAGGUAACAAGCCCUGAACUUGGCAAGCCGUGGGGCAGUGGAGACCUGCCACUGGAUGAAGAGAACCCUAACUCUCUCCAAGAACCUCUUUACCCAAGAGCUAUUGUAAUGUCUGUGGCUAAGGACGAAGAACCUGAGAGUAUCGACUUCCCUGCCCAGCCUGCACCUCCCGAGCCAGCUCCCUUGCCAUCACUUCCUGAGGACACCAAGGCCCCUCCGCGGCAGAUAGCAAGUUCUGGUUCAUCCGCACUGGAGAAUACCCUGAGUCUCACUGUCACUGAGACAGAAACUUCAGACAGGCAUAUCUCUGAAGGGGAAGUCUUACUGAACUACGGUCAAAACUUGGCUACUAAGAGGAAUGGGGGCUUGAUUCUGAUGAACAUAAAUGACAGCUUAUCCAGCACUCUGCAGGAUGCCCUGGAAAUGGAAGAUGACCCUCCCAGUGAAGGACAGGUGAUUAGGAGGCCCCAGAAAAAGCUUCAUGCAAGUGCAAUUCUUUCUCUUCUUACUCAGCAAGAACAGGAAUUCCUAGUUUCACAACAAGCAGAGGACUUGGAUAACAGUGUGGGUGAGCUUAGUGAAGGACAAAGGCUGGUGCUGGCAGCAGAGGACAUCUUAGCAGGACCCACUGCUACAGAGCCUUCCGACCCGCGGGUGGAUCCGGGGCUGCUGUUGCCACGGUCGGACAUGGCCUUAGGUUAUAUUUGUGAAGAUUCCUGUGCCAGUCAUGGUCCAAUGAGCUCAAGGGAAUUGGAUUUGCAGCCUGACUUUAACCAUAUUCUUUCCAUAACACAUACAACAGCAAAAGGCAGUGACCUUAAUUUACCAGAAGCAGCUGAAGAGUUUUCUCAGUACCAACAAAAGCAAGAUACAGACAUUAAACAAGUUGAACACAAGCCAAUACAAAGGCAUCUAACCUGUGUGAGAAAUAAAUCUGACAGUUCACUUUCACAAUAUCAAGGUGGCGAUGCGGACCCACACUUUACUGCACAGGUGCCACCCACCAAGAUGUCUGUGACUUUACCCUCUGUGGACCUUGAGGAUUGCUGUCAGUCCCUGAGCACCAGCACCAUGCAUGGCGGCACAGAGUCCUCAGGGACAGACACCUUCUGAACAGGAGAGCUGGCACAGCUCUGGCUGCAGACCAUUCCCACACACUGUGGCCCUUGAGCAUAUUUUUAAGGGGAAACAUUUCUAAUAUUUUAUUAAAAUGAAAGUUUUCUUUGAAUAUUUAGGAAGGCUUUUGAAUAAAGUAAAUGUAACUCAU